AAGUCAAUGCAGAACUGAAAGACACUCUCAGUUCCAAUGGACAUCAUCGUCGAUUGGUCCAAUCUUCCCAUCGAACUCUGGACGCUGAUCGGAGAAAAACUCAAACUCCACAUCGAGUAUCUCCGCUUCCGCAGCGUUUGUCACUCAUGGCGUUCUAACUUGCCUCCCUUCCACCCUUCACCUCCUCCCAAGUUCCCUCUCCCUCUCUCCUCUUCUAAUGAACCAACUUCCUUCCUCUGCCAAAACACCCUCUAUCUCCUCCGUUCCCCCGCCACGUCAUCCUCCGGCGGUUGGUUUCUCAAGGUGGAAGAGUCCGACAUGAUGCUUCUCCGGAAUCCCAUCACCUCGCGGCGCAUCAGGUACUCAAGGGACGAGUCGUUGUCGGAGUGUUUGAAUUUGUUGGAGUUUAAGAUGGUCGAGUUAGGGAAGUCUUAUUUUCUAAGGUACAUCCGUGCGUCUGGUUCGGUUAGUGGGUUAAAGAAAGUGACUUUGAUGCCUUCUGAGAAGGGUAGUUGUGUGAUUGUGAUUAUAGAUGACCAAGGGAAAUUGGGUUUUGCGAAAAGUGGAGAUCAGAAAGUGAGGUGGUUUAGUCAUGGAGAUUGUGUUUUUGAUGAUGUUGUUGUUUAUAAGGGUCAGACAUAUGUUGUGGAUGGGUUGGGUUGUGUUGUUAAGAUUAGUCUGUGUUCAGAAACGAUCCAAAUUUCGUCGAAAUUGGAUGGUUCAGGUGGGAGGAAGCAUUUGGUGGAGUGUGGUGGAGAGCUUUAUGUGGUGGAUAGGUAUUUUGAUGAAGCACAAAAUAAGCAAGAAGGGUUGGAUUGGGGGAUGUUUCGUAGACGUAGAAGAUACCGAAGAUAUGAGUCUGGUGAACUCAAGGUAGUUGAUUUUAAGGUUUACAAGCUGGAAUGGGGUGAAGGAGAGUUGGGGAGAUGGGUUGAAGUGAAAAGCUUGGUUGAUCAGGCGAUUUUCUUGGCUAAUGAUUGCUCUUUCUCUGUUUCGGCUAAAGAGUUAGCUGGGUGUGAAGGGAAUUGCAUUUACUUCACAGAUGAAAAUAAUGUUAAUCUUGCUCUUAGAGACGUAACUAGACCAGAGAACUUUGUGUUCAGCUUGGAGGAUCGUAGCACUCACAAGUUGGGAUCUUCUCCAGACGAUUCCACUGUAUUUUGGCCACCGACAAAGUGACUUACGUAUUCUCCGUUUCAAUAACAUUGCAGCAACACCAGCAGGCUUGGGUCAUAUGUGCUUACCAGCACCAGCAUAUUCAUGAUCUUUAAUCUGCAGCGUGUAGGAUCGAGGACAGGAGAUUCAAGCAUCAAAAGUAUUGCUCAUGCUUAAUUUUUCUAGAGAAGAAGGCCAGAUUGCAGGUGCUCAUCUUUGAGUUCCUGUGUUUUAUUCCAUCUGGUGAUAAACAAAGGCUAAUAAAUUGUUACGGAUCGGUAACGAAACAAUCAACAAAAGAUUUACAGCAGCGAGAGUGACACUCACAUGCCAAGACUUUUACACAAAAUCUAUAAAAUUUACAAAUACAAUUGUAUUCAGCUCUUUAUACCAUGUUAUAAACCCUCGCAUAUACAGUUGUCUACAGCCAAAUUCACAUGUUUUGGUAUCUCCUAAUUAUGGAAAUGUUACUGCUUUGAUGCACAUUGUAUGCCA